AUGCGGCAGCGGACACACAAAUACAGCCUCCCGGUGGGAAGGGUGAUCCCCAGCCCGGAGCUGGCUGACCACUACGAGUUGGAUGAGCGGCGCAUUGGCAGUGGCUCCUUUGGGCACGUCUUCAGCGUCGCCAGGCCCAUUCCUCCACGUCAGGUUGCCAUCAAGAAAGUCUUAAUCUUCGACCCCGAGCAGAAGGAACGCCUCGACACGGAGGCCUGUAUCAUGAAGGAUUUGGACCAUCCAAACAUCUGCAAGUUGAUGGCCACCUAUGAGAAGGGCAGAUUCAUGUUCUUCGUGAUGGAGUAUUGCAAAGGGAAGGACGUUUUGGAGCGUUUGAUGUCUUUGGACGAGCAGAAGUUUGGCGAACACCAAGCCGCGAAGAUUGUGCACCAGACGGCGCUGGCGCUCCAUUACGCACAGAAGCGCGGCAUCGCACACCGAGACGUCAAGCCGGAGAAUUUGGUGUUUGUCUCUGAUGAGGAGUCCGAUUCCUUUGUCAAGGUGGUCGACUGGGGCCUAAGCUCCUACUGUGGAGAACGCAAGAUGAGGUCAGCGGUGGGCUCCUACGUCUACUGUGCCCCUGAGAUCCUCGCGAAGAAGCUGUCUAGAAAUUCCAAGAGCUACACAGCAUCCUGCGACCUGUGGAGUCUGGGGAUCCUCAUCUACGUCCUGCUCUGCGGGCACCCGCCCUUCCGCGGCGAUGCCACGCAGCUUCUCAAGAUGGCCAAGGAGGAGAAGCUCAUCCCUCAGGACGACAUUUGGAAAGCCUUGUCGAGGGAAGCGAAGCAUCUCAUCCAAGGUCUCCUCAGAGUGAAGCCAGAGAAGCGAUUGAAGUUCGAAGAGGCGGCGGAAGUCGUCGCGCUCGGCCGACGUCACUGGCUACCUCUCUUGCUUCAGCUGAGGUGA